AUGGCCGAAAAAGAAGAGUUGACUCGAAAGAAAAGAUGUCGAAACGGACAUAGAACCUCAGCGAAACGAAUUAUGGCGUCUAUAGGCGAAACUCUUAUGAGUGUGGCGGAGAAAUCGCAGUUAACUCCGCAUAUUGCGAAGUUAAAACAACAAAAGUCAACACUCGAAGCGAAGUUGAAAUCACUCCGAGAGCAAGAUGAAGCUAUUUUGGCGCUGGUAAGUGUAGAGGACAUAGAGUUAGAGAUUGAGCAAGGGGAUAUUUCACGAGAGAAAAUCGAGUCUGUUAUUAUUGAAGUACAAAUGGCUUUAGAUGAAUAUGAGAAAUCAAGUACUACACAAUUGAAUACUGAAAACAAUGUCAUAACCCCAGUUACCCCUACGCAACCCACUACAUCCAUAACAGGGAAUAAUUCAGAAACUGCCAGUAACCAUGGUGACAACAGUAUACAAGCUGACCCUUCAAAUUUCAUGAAUAAUUACACCAAAAUACCCACAGUAAAGUUGCCAAAGUUAAAUCUUAGGGCAUUUCGGGGAGAUCCCACAUCUUGGGCGACAUUCUGGGAUACUUUUGAGUCGUCAAUUCACAACAAUCCCACACUAUCAAGUAUUGAUAAAUUUAAUUACCUCUCGUCACUUGUGGAAGGAACAGCAGCAGAUGCAAUUGCAGGAUUAACCUUAACCACUCUAAAUUAUGAAGAAGCCAUCAAAAUAUUGAAGAAGCGGUUUGGUAACAAACAGCUUGCAAUCAAUAAACACAUGGAUAUUCUGUUAAAUCUAGAGCCAGUUACUUCUCCACAUAACUUAAAGGGACUGAGAACACUUUAUGACACUGUAGAAUCUCAUAUCAGAGCUUUGAAAUCACUUGGGGUACAGGCAGAAACAUAUGGCAAUCUAUUAUGCUCAAUGUUACUCAAUAAGUUACCUCAGGAAUUGUGCAUAAUAGUGAGUCGAGAAGUACAAGGAGAUGUUUGGGAAUUGGGACACUUGCUUGAGUUGAUUGAGAAGGAGCUAGAGGCCCGAGAAAGAGCAACUGCAAAUACCAACAGGGAGACUUGGCCCCAUUACCAAACAAAGAAAUUUUCCAAACCACAACCCUCAAUUUCAACCUUGCAGACAGGGGGUACAUCACCGACAUGCACCUACUGUCAGCAGUCACAUACCUCAAAUAGUUGCACCAAUGUCUCUAACAUCACAGCACGAAUUGACAUUAUAAAGCGAAGUGGACGAUGUUUUCUCUGCUUGAGAAAAAAUCAUUUAAGUCGUGAUUGCAACUCUAAGUCAAGAUGUCAUAAAUGCAAUGGUAAACACCACAUAAGUAUAUGCACCAAGAAUAGCAGUCAUAACCAUGCCCAGAAGACCCCAUCCGAUACAGAGCUUAAGCAACAACAGCAUGAACAAACCUCUGAGAGCAAAAUCUCAAGCAACAAACCCAGUAGAUCAAAUCAAUCAGGGAAUAGUGGCACAAAAUCAUUGUUUACAAGUACCAAGACCCCAAUACUUCUUCAAACUGCAAAGGCAACAAUCCUUCCUGUGAGUAGAAAUGGUAAGAGUGGGAACGUGAGAGUUAUCCUAGAUGGCGGAAGCCAGAGGUCCUACAUCACCAGUCGGACACAAGAUUUACUAAGCCUACCCACUGAGCGAACUGAAACAAUGUCAAUAAAAACUUUCGGUUCUGGAGAAGAAAAUCUAACCACCUGUGAUUCAGUCAAUUUUAUUCUAGAAAGUCACACUGAUAAGGUACAGUUGUCCUUGUCAGCCUUUGUUGUACCCACCAUAUGUGAACCACUGCAAUACCAACUUGUCUCACAAUCCCGCCACAAUUACCCUCACUUACAUGACCUAGUAUUAGCUGAUGAUUCAAUGGGAGAACUUGACUCGGAAGUGGACAUACUUAUCGGUUGUGAUCAGUAUUGGGACAUAGUGACAGGAGAGAUUCGAAAGGGAACAAAUGGUCCGACAGCUAUCAACACCAACCUUGGAUGGGUCCUGUCCGGACCAGUCGAGAACCAUUCACAACAGAGAUUGGAAGCAUCUGUAAACAUGUCAUCCACUCAUGUUUUGCAGCUUGAAACCCCACCAUCCCAACCAAUGCACCACGAAGAUGACCAACAACUGAGACGAUUCUGGGAUUUGGAGUCACUCGGUAUAUCAAAGGAAGAGAAGUCGGUUGUUGAAGAAUUCACAAGUACCAUAGGUUUCAAGGCGGGAAGAUAUCCGUUGAGUUGCCAUGGAAAGAGCACCAUCCUUUACUGCCUGACAACUAUGAAAUGAGUCGUAAACGACUGUGGAGUCUACUCGAGCGCUUGAAACGUGAUCCCGAAGUCUUAAAGGAGUAUGAUGCAGUAAUAAAGGAUCAACUUACCAAGGGCGUUGUCGAGAUUGUUCAGAAAGAAGAUAUUGGAGAGCUCGGAAAAGUUCACUAUAUUCCUCAUCACGCUGUGAUCAGGCGAGAUAAAGAGACAACCAAGCUAAGAAUUGUGUAUGAUGCAUCCGCCAAAACAUCUGGUCCGUCCUUGAAUGAAUGCCUCUAUACUGGGCCCGCAAUGACACAUAACAUCAUGGACAUUAUUCUUCGUUUUCGAAGCCACAAAGUAGCACUAGCGGGUGAUAUAGAGAAGGCUUCUUUGAUGAUAGCAGUUUCAGAAGCUGAUCGUAAUGUUCUACGGUUUCUUUGGUUCGAUGAUGUUUGGAGUGACCAACCUAAGAUUAUUGUCUUGAGAUUUACGCGUGUAGUAUUCGGAGUAUCAUCCAGCCCGUUCUUACUGAAUGCGACUAUCAGUCACCAUAUCGAACAGUACCGCGCUCAAGAUCCUGCCUUUGUCGAAGCCUUCAUGCGAGCUGUUUAUGUAGAUGAUCUAAACUCGGGUGGGGAUGAUGACAAAUCUGCCUACACUCUUUACAAGAAAUCAAAGCUUAGAUUGGCAGAAGGUGGAUUUAACCUUCGGAAGUUUGUUACCAACUCGCCCGAACUGUUGACGAAGAUCAAAAGUGAAGAGAACCCUCUUCCUAGAACUAAUUUGAAGCCUAACCCUCAAGUGGACGAACCGCCAAACGAUUGCGUAAAUGAAGAUGAAACGUACUCGAAGAUUACGCUAGGAACAUCCAAUGAAUCCUCUAAUGAAGAGCACAAGGUUCUCGGGGUAGCGUGGAAUUUUGUUGAAGAUGAUCUUGUGUUUGAUCUUAGUCAUGUGACCGAAUUGGCAUCCGAGUGUUCCCCAACAAAGCGAAAUAUCGUCCGUCUUUCUGCAAAGUUCUAUGAUCCGAUUGGCUUCAUGUCGCCAAUAACAGUUCAAUUCAAGAUGUUAUUCCAAGAACUGUGCGGAGAAAGUUGAAUUGGGACGAUGAAGUACCCCAUGAUCUUAAAGUAAAAUGGGACAAUCUAGUUAAUGAACUAAAACAAAUGAAUCGCAUUCGGCUUUCUCGAUGCUAUUUUCGAGAGGUCGACGACCCAGUUAUCUCCUGCAUUGUCCAUGAAUUUGGUGAUGCCUCGAAGGCGGCGUACGCCGCAGUAACCUACCUGGUCAUGAUUACCACAAUUGGCAUCAGAGUAAAGUUCUUAGCAGCGAAGACACGAGUCGCACCAAUCGAGAGACAAACAAUUCCGAGACUAGAACUUCUAUCAUGUUUGAUCCUUGCAAGGUUAGUGAAGAAUGUUCAAACGGCAUUACGAGAUGAAAUUAAGUUGGAUGAUCCAGUCUGUUGGAGCGAUUCGAAAGUGGCACUUUUCUGGAUCACAAAUGGCAAUAAGGAGUGGAAACAAUUCAUUGAAAAUAGAGUGAGUGAAAUCCGGAGCCUCUUACCCACAGCCACCUGGCGUCAUUGUCCCGGUCGAGAUAAUCCUGCCGAUAUUCCAUCCAGAGGAAUAAAACCGACGGAGCUUACAAGCAAUGAGCUGUGGCCCUGAGUGGCUAACCGAUGUUGAAACACACUCUUGUCAAGAUGAGAAGGAAAUUACGCCUCCGAAGGAAUGUCUCGUUGAAGUUCGAUCCACCAAGUCGAGAACUGGUAACCUAAUUGUGAACACCACACCCCAAACCCUUAGCAAUAUCAUCAAUAUCGAGAACUUUGGAACCCUCGACAGACUGGUGCGAGUGACGGCUUAUGUCUUACGUUUUGUGAAGAUAUUGAAGGCGAAGACCAGAAAGAGUGACAUAGACGUAGACGUAGAGCCCAGUUUAACAGUGAAUGAGAUUCGUGAAAGUAGAGAAUUGUGGAUCAAAGAAAUGCAAAGAAAAUUGCCCGAGAAGAACCAGUUUGAACAGUGGAAGGCAGAGUUUGGGCUUUACACUGACGAGCAAGACAUCUGGAGGUGCAAAGGUAGACUGGAAAAGGCGAACCUACCCCAGUCAGCAAAGCAUCCAAUUCUAGUUGACAAAGAGCAUUAUUUCGCAUCAUUGAUCGUUUACGACAGCCACAGAAGAGUGAUGCAUAAUGGAGUCAAAGAGACGUUGACUGAUAUAAGAUCGCAGUACUGGAUCGUCCGUGGGAGACAGUUUGUGCGAAAGUUGAUCGGGAGGUGUUCUAUUUGUCGGAGAUUCGAAGGCAAACCCUAUCAAGCUCCACCACCACCUCCCCUACCCGAAUUUCGAGUACGAGAAACACCACCUUUCACGGCAACAGGAAUUGAUUUCCUUGGUCCGCUCUAUGUUCGAACACACGAGAAGAGCGAAAAGGUGUGGGUAUGCCUUUACACAUGUUGUGUAACGAGAGCAGUGCAUUUGGACAUUGUACCAACCCUGACAAAAGAAGGAUUUAUUCGAAGUUUUCGGAGAUUUACCGCGAGACGCGGUGUUCCGUCAACGAUUGUGUCGGACAACGCCGGGACGUUUAAGGCGGCAUCGCGGGAGAUCAAAACGAUGUUGAGAGAUCCAGAGAUAAGGCGAUUCUUCGUCGGCAUGAACAUCACCUGGUCGUUCAAUUUACCCAAGGCACCCUGGUGGGGUGGAAUUUUUGAAAGACUUGUCAAAUCCACCAAGAGGUGUUUAAAGAAGACUGUUGGAGGAGCUCAAUUAACUUACGAAGAGCUCCUGACGGUGGUCGCUGAAGUGGAGAUGAUAUUGAAUUCCCGUCCAAUAUCAUAUGUUUCUACCGAAGAUCUACAAGAACCACUCACUCCGUCACAUUUGUUAACGGGACGAAGAUUACUGAGUAUGCCAGAGCAGGACAUUGGCAAUGACAUAUUAGAUCCCGAAUUCUCGUUAAACGAUAAGGACUUAAGUCGAAGAAUGAAGCACUUGAGCACACUAAUGAAUCAUUUCUGGACCCGUUGGCGUGACGAACAUUUAAUGGAACUGCGCAAUUCACACCGAGGACAUUGGCAAUGACAUAUUAGAUCCCGAAUUCUCGUUAAACGAUAAGGACUUAAGUCGAAGAAUGAAGCACUUGAGCACACUAAUGAAUCAUUUCUGGACCCGUUGGCGUGAUGAAUAUUUAAUGGUAAGAACGACAACGGAAAGGGAACUAUCCGUGCGGGGGAUAUAGUUGUGGUUCACGACGAGUCGCAACCUCGAGCAUGUUGGAGAUUGGGCAAAGUCGAAAGGUUGAUCAACGGAGAGGACGGAAACGUGCGGGGAGCGAUCGUUAGAAUCAGUCCAAAGGGGGAAACGGCCGACGACUUUGAAAAGAUCGGUACGGUUACUUUACCCACUAGAGGUAAGGUCCGACUCGGAAGCUGAAGAAAAUCGGUACGGAAAGAACGAACUUGACGAAGCGAUCGGAAAUGAAAUGAACCAAGUCGAAGUAAAGAGACCAAGACGUGAAGCGGCGAAGCGGGGAGAAGAACGGCGAAGGAAAUGGAUCGAGGAACUGAAUGACAGCUAA